AUGACUCUCCUGAAAGUAGUACGGGAGGAUGUGUUAUCCUUACGAGCAGUGGAGAAAGUUGACUGUGGUGAGUUCCAGGAUCCCAAGGUCUACUGCACUCGAGAAUCUAAUCCCCACUGUGGUUCUGAUGGCCAGACAUAUGGCAAUAAAUGUGCCUUCUGUAAGGCGGUGGUGAAAAGCGGUGGGAAGAUCAACUUAAAGCACCCUGGAAAAUGCUGAAUCAGAACCAGUGUUCUCUGCUGACUCACCAGCUCGCUUGUCCUUCUCUCUUGCUUCUGCUGACUUUUCUCUAGUGACUCCCCUCAAUUUAUAAAUACACUCCUACUCUGCCUGGAUUUUGGGGAGUUCAAUACACUUCCCUUGAUUUACUUGUCAAUAAAGUAAAUUCUGUAGAAGCAUUGUUUGUGUUUUUACUUCAUGAUCAA